AUGACUGAUCAAAGUUUUAAUAAUGAAAUAGAUAUUAAUAGAUGUACUGGAUUUGUUUAUAGUGAAAGUCGUUGGAAUUGUGGAAGUUGGAUGAAUAAAAUGGGUUCAAGUCAAAAGGCACUAAAUAAAGAUUAUUCAGCAACACCACGUCAUGGUUCUGCUAUUGAAUUAGUUGGAUUAUGUCGUGCAACACUUGUAUGGCUUAUUCAAAUGAAUAAAUAUGGACAUUAUCCUUAUCAUUCUAUUGAAAUAUCUUCAGGUAAUUCAUUUUGUGGUAAGUGA